ACAUCUUAGGCACCAUCAGAAAGUUACUCCUGCUCUUCAACAGCUCUUACUCCCUUCGACCUCCUACAAACAUUUUGAUCUACCUGACACCCGCCUCUACGGCCUGACCAACCUAGAACACCGCCAGAAUGAGUUGGAAAGGCUUCACCAAGAGCGUCACUCGCGCUCCGCAGCAGUUCAAGCAAAAGUUCAACAUGGGUGAAAUCACAAAGGAUCCCGUCUAUGUUGACGCCGAACGUCGCUUCGCCGAGCUCGAGGUUGAGACAAAACGCCUGCAUGACGAAUCCGAAAAGUACUUCAAAUCAAUCAACGGCAUGCUGGACCACCAGAUCGAGUUCUCAAAAGCCUGCGCCGAUCUUUACAAGCCAAUCUCUGGUCGUGCCUCGGACCCCAGCUCGUACGUUGUUGAUGGCAACCCUGAGGGAAUCCGCGCCUGCGAGGAAUACGAAGCGAUUGUCAAGGACCUCAAGGAGUCGCUACAGCCCGAAUUGGAGAUGAUCGAAUCCCGUAUCGUACGACCGGCAGACGAGCUUCUCGAGAUCAUCAAGCAGGUCCGCAAAUCCGCCGUCAAGCGCGACCACAAGCAACUCGACUACGACCGUCACCGAGCCACACUUAAGAAGUUGCAGGACAAGAAAGACAAGACGCUUAAGGACGAAAAGGCCCUGUACAAGGCCGAGAACGAAGUCGAGGUUUCGACUCAGGACUACAACUACUUCAACGACCUGCUCAAGACGGAGCUGCCCGAGCUGUUCCGCCUGGAACGCGAGUUCAUUCUUCCCCUUUUCCAGUCCUUCUACUACAUGCAGCUUAAUGUCUUCUACACAUUGCACGAGCGCAUGCAGAGUAUUGAUAUUGGCUACUUCAACUUGACCCUGGACAUUGAAGCAGCCUUUGAGGAGAAGCGCGGAGAGAUCCAACAACAAGCCGAAGCUCUGACGAUUGUCCACUUCAAGACCAAGGGAUUGGGUCGUCCUGCUGGCAGCAAGUAUGGCAGAUUGGCAAUUGAGGGCAAGCCCAAGCCUUCACCUCCUGGACUCACAGCUUCUACUGCUCAGCUGUCCAUCACCGACGGCGGCGCAACCUCGCCUCCGCCUUACUCGGCCGGCGCAGCAUCUCCUCAACUCGGAUCCAUGUCAGCAAUCGCAAAGAGCAAGCCUCCGCCACCAAAGCCCAAGCCUUCUCGAUUCAGCGGGGUUCCUCAAGCGGAAAUGUGUACAGCAUUGUACGAUUACGAAGCUCAAGCAGAAGGCGAUCUUAGUUUCAGCGCCGGAGAGACAAUUGAGAUUGUGCAACGUACAGCGAACGAGAAUGAAUGGUGGAUCGGAAAGACUGGCGGAAGACAAGGACAAUUCCCUGGUAUGUUGAUGCGACAUGAUUGCAUUGAAGCAAGUUACUGACAAAUUCACAGGCAACUACGUACAGCUCAACGUGUAGAAUGACAGACGACGACGUGGAAGCACUAUACCAUAAUGUGUAGCAACAGCGAUAUGACGCGCAGGAUGUUUUGCGAUUGUUUCUGAACAGGCAAAGAGGUAGAAUUCAUAUCAAGUACAGAAGGAAGUUAGCGAUAUCACUCCAUUGUUUUGUUCGUAGUCAGGGAAGGCUGAGGUUUGUCGAGAUUAGUCUCUUAUUAGCCUGCGAUUGAAGACGUUGAAAGGAAUACUCGAAUUAUUGAUCAAUUGUUUCCCUUUGUU